AUGAGAGGCCCUUCUCUUAUAUCUGCCAGACAGAUUAACAGUCUUGAUGACAUUAGUGUUUAUGGAAACACUAGACAUGACUCAGAAGAGCAGGUUCCAGAGAUGAGUAGUCCAGAUGCUCAUCCAGUUCUGGUCCCCAAAGACCUGGAGAACUACACAGCCACCACACACUUCAUCCUCCUGGGUUUCCCCACACGGUUGGCCAUGCAGCGGCUCCUGUUCUUAGCAUUCCUGGUCGCCUACCUGCUGACUCUGCUGGAGAACUUCCUCAUUAUCCUGGCCAUUCGCAGUGAUGGCCAGCUGCACAAGCCCAUGUACUUCUUCUUGAGCCACCUGUCCUUCCUGGAGAUGUGGUAUGUCACCGUCAUCAGCCCCAAGAUGCUGGUGGACUUCCUGAGCUGGGACAAGAGCAUCUCUUUUCAAGGCUGCAUGACUCAGCUCUACUUUUUUGUAACCUUUGUCUGCACUGAGUAUAUCCUUCUGGCGGUCAUGGCCUUUGACCGCUACGUGGCCAUCUGCAAUCCACUGCGCUACCCAGUCAUCAUGACCACCAGGCUGUGCGGGGUUUUGGCCGGGGGGUGCUGGCUCUGUGGCCUGGUGACAGCCAUGAUCAAGAUGGUCUUCAUCGCCCGGCUUCACUACUGUGGCACGCCCCGCAUCAACCACUACUUCUGUGACAUAUCCCCAUUGCUAAACGUGUCCUGUGAGGACUCCGCCCAGGCUGAGCUGGUCGACUUUUUCUUGGCUCUCAUGGUCAUUGCAGUGCCCCUCUGUGUGGUGGUGACAUCAUAUAUCAUCAUCCUCACUACCAUCCUCAAGAUUCCAUCCGCUCAGGGCCGCCAGAAAGCCUUCUCCACCUGUGCCUCCCACCUGACUGUGGUCACACUCUUCUACUCCACCACCCUCUUCACCUACACACGCCCCAAGCUCAUGUAUGCUUAUAACUCCAACAAGGUAGUGUCUGUGCUCUACACUGUCAUUGUCCCCCUCCUCAACCCUAUUAUCUACUGUCUGAGAAACCGGGAGGUCAAGACAGCCCUCAAAAAGACCAUUCUGUGCAGAGGAAGUGGGGUCAGAGAAGAUGCAUAG